AUUCUCUUCACCCAUCCUCGCUUCCUUAUUCUAAGUCAUUACCCUUCUCUCUUUUUCUCUCUCAAGUGAUCUUCUGAUGCACCAUGGCUUCCAAAGUCUCAAAGAAAUCAAUAACAACAGCAAUAGCCAUAGCCGAUGCAGCUACCUGGUACUGCUCUCUUCUCCUUGUAGCUCUCAUCUUGUUUGGUUCUGUGAGGGAUAGUUCAAACACAGAAGAGUCAGUGAGAGGGAAACAGUUCUUGAACCAGCCCUGUGAUGAAAUUUAUGUUGUUGGAGAAGGUGAGACUCUUCACACCAUCAGUGACAAGUGUAACGACCCUUAUAUAGUUGAAAGGAAUCCUCAUAUCCAUGACCCUGAUGAUGUCUUCCCUGGACUCGUCAUCAAGAUCACUCCUGCUUUUAAUCCAAUCACUGCCAAGUUACAGAGGUAGAAGCCAAUAGUCAAAACAGAAAUCUUGUUAGAUUUUAUCUUUUGGGGUUUUUGUAAACAGAAGCUGUCUUGAUUGUAUCAUAUGGAAGACAAAGACAGAACUUUAAUUCAUUUUCUCUUUUGGGUUUUCUCUGUUACUCUGUUUUCAGUUUUCUGUAAUUGCUUUUACACAGAAGAGAUGAUGAUAACCAUGAUAUGGGUUUGUUUUAUAAAGUUUAGAUCGGCUUCUUUGAAUUUCUUAUGUUCAUGUUGAGAGGAACAAAGAUUAUAUCAAGUUAGAACUUAGAACUCUAUUUCUCCA